GAGACAGAGAAGAAAGCAAGUUUCAGGUGAGGAGAGAGACCAUUCUGAGAGGCACAAAAAGAGGUGGUGACAGAUCUUGUCACCAGGACACCAGAGCUGGCCUCCUCUGACCUUCGAGCCCUGACCCAACUCUGUCCUCAGCCCCCGUCAGUGGAGAGACACAGCCCCCUUUUCUUUUCCCCCCAAGUUCUCCAUGGAGCAGGGCCGACCCCGGAGCAGCCUCAGCGUGGCCAGCAGUGCUUCCACCGUCUCCUCUCUGAGUAGCCUGAGCACCAAGAAGCCUACCCGUGCGGUACACAAGGUCCAUGCCUUUGGGAAAAGGAACAAUGCUCUUCGGCGAGACCCAAACCUGCCAGUGCACAUCCGUGGCUGGCUGCACAAGCAGGACAGCUCAGGCCUCCGGCUGUGGAAACGCCGUUGGUUCGUCCUUUCAGGCCAUUGCCUCUUCUACUACAAGGACAGCAGAGAAGAGAGCGUCUUGGGCAGUGUCUUGUUACCCAGCUACAGUGUCAGGCCAGAUGGGCCCGGGGCCCCACGUGGCCGGCGAUUCACCUUCACAGCAGAGCACCCAGGCAUGAGGACCUAUGUCCUUGCAGCUGACACAUUGGAGGACCUGAGAGGUUGGCUUCGAGCAUUGGGGAGGGCCUCUCGAGCAGAGGGGGAAGAUUGCGGACUCCCGAGGUCACCUGCGCGUCCCAGGCCUGGGGAAGGUCCCGGGGGCCCCGGAGGACCCCCAGAGGUGAGCGGAAGGGAAGAGGGGCGCACCUCAGAAUCCCCAGAGGUAGCUCGGCUCUCCAGAGGUCUUGGCAGACAUGAAACGCACACUCCCAACUCUACAGCGGAUCUGCAGGCUGACACCUGGAGUAGGAGAACCCGGAGCCCAGAGCUGUUCUCACCCCUUUCCCGGCCUCCCUCCCCUCUGAGCCUUCCCCGUCCUCGUUCUGCCCCGGCCCGGCGACCCCCUCUCUCAGCAGGAGACAUUUCAUUUCCUGCCCGACCGCACACUCCUUUGAGUCGCAUCGAUGUCCGACCUCCUCUGGAUUGGGGACCCCAAAGACAGACCCUCUCCCGACCUCCCAUUCCACGCCGAGGACCUUCCUCUGAAGCUGGAGGAGGACGGCCACCCAGGAGUCCCCAGCCCCGAACACCAGAGCAGAGAACACAGGUGCGAAAGGAGCGGACUACAUUUCCCACUAGGCUUCCAGGCUCGCUUUCCAGGCCACCAGGACCCCCUGUGGACUCAGCUUUGCAUCAGAGCUUGGAGACAGAUGUAAGUUCUCCCAGAUCCAAACCCUGUUGAAUUCUCAGAGUUGAAAGGCUACAAGAGGAUCUGGACAAGAGGCUGGAGGAGAAGGAGCAGCUGGAGGCAGCUUUAGAGCUGACCCGGCAGCAGCUGGGCCAAGCUACCAGGGAGGCUGCAGCUUCCGGGAAGGCCUGGGGUCGCCAGCGCCUCCUGCAGGACCGGCUGGUGAACGUGAGGGCUGCCCUGUGUCACCUGGCUCAGGAGCGAGAGCGAGUUUGGGACACAUACAGCGGCCUGGAACAGGACCUUGGCACCCUAAGAGAGACGCUCGAGUACCUGCUGCACCUUGGGUCUCCCCAGGACCGUGCGUGUGCUCAGCAGCAGCUGUGGAUGGUAGAGGACACGCUCGCAGGUCUGGGUGGCCCCCAGAAACAGCCCCCACAUACGGAGCCCAAGUCUCCAUCCCCUGCGCCCCAAGGAGAGGAGUCCUCAGAGCGGGAGAGCCUUUCAGAGUCACUGGAACUCAGCUCCCCUCAGUCCCCUGAGGUGGACUGGGGUCGUCCCUCAGGCGGUGACAGAGCCCUCAGCAGCCCUCAGUCAGGUGUUGGGUCUCCCAGGGUCUCCCGGGCAUCCAGCCCUGAAUGUCGUCAACCUUCAUCCCCGCCGCUGAGGACUAAGACCUCACUGGCGCGACCUCGUAUGAGCGCGCAGGAGCAGCUGGAGCGCAUGCGUAGAAACCAAGCAUGCGGGCUCCCUCUUCCUCGCCCUACCUCCCCGAGGCUCCUGACCCUGGGGAGGACACUGUCCCCAGCUCCACGCCAGCCUGACAUGGAGCAGAGGAAUCCAGAUGGGGGCCAACAGCAGCUUAAUGAAAAAGUGGACAGUGGAGCUCAAGUGGUUUUCUGUGACAAGGAUGAGGCUGGGGGCCGGGCUCUGGAGCAGGAACUCUCGGGCACUGUCUUCAUCCCCGGUGAUGUGACACAGGAAGGAGACUUGCAGACUCUGGUUUCUGAGACCGUCUCUCGAUUUGGUCACCUGGAUUGUGUGGUGAAUAAUGCCGGCUACCACCCACCUGCACAGCUGCCUGAGGAGACCUCUGCCCAGGGCUUCCGCCAGCUGCUGGAGGUGAACCUGCUGGGGACAUACACCCUGAUCAAGCUUGCCCUCCCCCACCUGCGGAAGAGCAAAGGGAACGUCAUCAACAUCUCCAGCCUGGUGGGGGCCAUCAGCCAGUCCCAGGCCGUCACCUACGUGGCCACCAAGGGCGCAGUGACUGCCAUGACCAAAGCUUUGGCCUUGGAUGAAAGCAGAUAUGGUGUCCGUGUCAACUGCAUCUCCCCAGGAAACAUCUGGACUCCACUGUGGGAAGAGCUUGCAGCCUCAACUCCAGACCCCAGGGCCACCAUUCUAGAAGGCACCUUGGCCCAGCCCCUGGGCCGCAUGGGUCAGCCAGCCGAGGUGGCAGCGGCAGCUGUUUUCCUGGCCUCUGAAGCCACCUUCUGUACAGGGCUUGAGCUUCUCGUGACCGGGGGUGCAGAACUGGGGUAUGGACGCAAGGCUAGUAGAAGCAGCCUCGGGGAAGUCCCCACUCUUCCAUCUAAUGUACACUAACUAUGUCCUGCCCGUCCGUGUCUCUCCCUCCCUUCCUUUCUUGUAGUACUGGAGAUUAAACCUGGAUCUCUUGUGUGCUAGGCAGGGGCUCUAUCACUGAGUCACACUCCAGUGCCCCACUGGAGGAUUCUAGGCAGGGGCUCUCCCACUUAACUCUCAGGUCCCAAAGAAACUCAGGAUAAGCUAGCUGCUGGAGGCCAGGCCCCUCAGUACCUGCUCCUCCCCUCGCCCCUGCUCCUAACCUCUCUAGCCCUGGGACUCAGCACCUCUUCCCCCAGCUGCUUAUUCCUAUAA